GUGACGUCACGUCAAUGAGUGAUAGUCGCGUUCUCAUUAUUUUUGUUUCGCAAUCUUGAAUUACUUGAAUAAACUUAUUGUUUUGUCACAAAAAAGUAGAUUAACCCGCUCUGGAAAAUAUCAUCACCAUGGAUAAUCAAUAUUACUACAAAUUAAUGGCCAAUUACCUUUCAAAACGGAAUUGUGACGAGUCGUUCAUGAGGUAUUUUUUUGGAAAGAAUUCGUUAAAGAAAACGCCCGAAGAAUUGGAACGGGCAGAUGAGAGGAAAAGAAGACUCCAACGAGAACGGUCACGUAGAUAUCGAGCGUUAAAGAAUGCUCGCCGCCAGCAUGAGGGAGGUGGCAGCAGUGGUGGACGGGACAGCGUAGACGGUGACCCGACGCGGUCCAAGUCACGCGCCCUCUCCCUUGAAGAAGAGUAUAGCGACGGUGAUGAACCACCCACACUAUGCGACCUCAGCUAUGAUGACAAGUGGCGGGAACAUGCAGCCACAUCUGACUGCGCUUCUGACGACAACUCGGCGCAGUCGGCGGCCGAGCUUACCGACACGCCGUUGACAGGCGACCCGCCACUGAGCCUGCGCGAGCUGCUCAACUCGCCCAACGCCGAGCUCGACUACUCCACUGUGCACAGUCUCAUGUUUCACUGGCUGCAAACGUAACACUCUGCUCCAUACACUCCACCUAUAUUGCAUGUAACUACUUUGGCACCCAAUCAACUGGUUUUGUUCAAUGAUUCUUCUGUGUAAUAAGUGCAUUCAGCCUUAACUUCCUUAUCAAAUGCUACUAGGAGUCCUGGCAAUCAGUAGGCAUCAGCUGUUACUGUUUGUCAUGUAUGUUUUUGAAACAAAGGAUUGGAGUAGGUGAACACAUAUCAAAAUGUUGCUGCUUCUAUGAUACAUUGAUCACAUGUGUUGUCAGAACCGUCCUGCUAUGAUUUAUUGACUAAUUAGAUUAGAUUGUAGUUUAUAUUAUGUACUUUGACUGUAGACGAUAAUAAUGGUUCAGGGUGGUUUAACAAGCUAAGCGAUUUAGGUACAAGUUUUUUUUAUAUAAAUAAAAGCUUGUGAAAAGGGUAAAAUGUAAGCUUUCCAAGAAGCAAACUGUGUACUGCCCCACAAGUUGUAGUUUUAUACAAUACAUAAUGUGGAUGGACACACAAUAUGUAGUUGCAUUGGCAUUACUUGACACAUAUCACUCCUUAAUCUCAACAAGUUGCUUUAAAAGCCGUGCCAUGCUGUGUCCGCGAACAAGAGGUAGUGAUCACUGCGCUGUCAGAUAUGUGGUGCAGUGUUGUGAGCACACACCACUAGCUCAUAGAGUAUUCCACUAGACAAUAAGUUGUUGCUAAGUUGCCAUAUCCUAAUAUUUAGAUACUCAAUAAUUAUACAUAAUUUUAUCAUAUAUGCAUAGAAAAGUAUAGAAUAUAUUAUAUACCUAUAGUUUGUGAUACAAGUGAAUUUACAUUUUGUGUAAAAUCUACAAUGUUAGGUAGUAAACAGAGUGAUAGUGUAAGUUGGGUGUGUGGGUUGUCUCACAGCCUGGUGACAUGUAGUGUUGUGCCAUCUGGGCAAGUGUGUGUGGUAUCUAGUGCGACAGUAGUGCUUUAAUUAUGAUGUAACAUUCCUAAAUUUCAUGCUGCUUUUAACAUUAAUGAAGGUAUAGAAAUCAGCAUUUAAAGAACAAUGAGGUCCAAUACAGUUUACAUGGUCCAUAUUAUUUGUUUUAGUAGUGAAUGUCCACUAAGUU